AUGGCCGCCACGACGCAGCAGAACGGCGGCAGCGCCACCCCGGCCGAGCUCGCUGACAAGCUCGCUGCCACCUCGCUCCCCACCAACGGCACAAACGGCGACCACAAGGCCGACGACAACGCCGCCGCCGCCGACAGCGACGCCGAUGACGACGACGACGAGCCCGCUGCAAACGGCGGCGAGGGCGCCGCAACAAAGAGCAAGAAGAAGAAGAAGAAGAACAAGAGCGGCGCCGCCAAGCGAAAGGCAAAGGCCGCCGGCACCCAGACCGAGCCCCCGACCAUCGGCGUCACCAAGCUCUUCCCCAGCGGCGUCUUCCCCGUCGGCGAGAUCCAGGAGUACGACGAGUCCAAGUUCGACGACAACCGCAAGAGGGAGACGGGCGAGGAGCGGAGAGAGCGCGAGAGGCUCGUCCAGCAGGAGGAGGGCUUCGACUACAACCUCAUCCGACGCGCCGCAGAGGUCCACCGCCAGGUGCGCCAGUACGCCCAGCGCACCGUCAAGCCCGGAAUGACCUUUACCGAGAUCGCCGAGCUCAUCGAGAACGGCACCCGCGCCCUCGUCGAGGAGAACGGCAUGGAGUCCGGCAUCGGCUUCCCGACGGGCGUCAACAUCAACGAGUGCGCCGCCCACUUUUCGCCAAACGCCGGCGACAAGAACGUCCUCUCCAAGGGCGACGUCCUCAAGAUCGACUUUGGCGUCCACGUAAAGGGCCGCAUCGUCGACUCGGCCUUUACCCUCAACUGGGAGCCCACCCACGACCCCCUGCUCGCCGCCGUCAAGGCCGCCACCAACGCCGGCGUCAAGGAGGCCGGCAUCGACGCCCGCCUCGGCGAGAUUGGCGCGGCCAUCCAGGAGGUCAUGGAGAGCCACGAGUACGACGUCAACGGCAAGACGCUCAAGGUCAAGUGCGUCCAGAACCUCAACGGCCACAACAUCGGCCGCUACGCGAUCCACGGAUCCAAGUCGGUCCCCAUUGUCGCCAUGCCCAACCUCGAGACCAAGAUGGAGGAGGGCGAGUACUUUGCCAUCGAGACGUUCGGCUCGACGGGCCGCGGCUACGUGACCGAGCAGGGCGAGUGCUCGCACUACGCGCGCAAGGCCAAGCUGCCCAAGACGAUCCCGAUCCGCAUCCAGAGCGCCCACAGCCUGCUGCGCACCAUCAACAAGAACUUUGACAGCCUCCCCUUCUGCCGCCGCUACCUCGACCGCGCCGGCGAGAAGAACUACCUCCUCGGCCUCAAGCACCUCGUCCAGCUCGGCGUCGUCCAGGACUACCCGCCCCUCUGCGACAUCCCCGGCUCCAUGACGGCCCAGUACGAGCACACCAUCCUGCUGCGGCCCACGUGCAAGGAGGUCGUCUCGCGCGGCGACGACUACUGA